GUUGAAUUUGUUCAAUCGUCACAGACUUUUACAAUUUGAACCAAUGGCAGCGGCGCUUUUUCCGCGCCAAUUAAACCUCCAAAAUCCGGGCUGUUUGUUCACAGAAUCCAACAUGGCGGACACGAGCUGCAGUUUGCUGAAGGAAACCUUCCAACCUAACCCACCUAGCGAACACAGCACCGCCUCCCCCGCCAUUCUUACCGCAGUACAAGUCAACACAGACAAUCUUACAUCCCCCGACCAGGUUGGCAAGCGUAAGCGGGUUCAGCACGACUACCGGCGGCUGUCCAACUCCGGGUACUGGGAUGACUACAAGGAAGCGAAGCCGCGCAGGUUCUCCGACUCGUACACCUCUGACUCCGAUCUGUCCCCCACUGCCGCUCCCCGACCGCAGAGACAGCGACGACUCAGCCUGAGGAGGGAAGAAGAAGGUUUCGAAUACGACUUUACUGGAGAUUUGCCAAUGAAUAACGGGUGCUCCUCAGGUGGCAUGAACCUGCCCAAGAGGCACAGGAAGAAAAGGAGAUUGUCUCCUGAGGCUGUUGAGAAGGAAGAUGCAGAAGUGCAGGUGAGCCUUCUCACACCACUUGACUCCAGAACUCCUCCUGAAUGUAGAGACAAAGGAGUCAAUACUGAUGAGACCAAGGGAAAACCUAAGAAGGACCGUAAGGCCGAGGUUAGUCCUUGGGAAGGCAGCAACAUGGUGAAGAGUGAAGUGUUUCAGCCCAGAGAAAUGAGUGAGUAUAGAGAUGAGAGGAAGUAUGUUCCAAGUAUGGAUGUCCCAGUUGUAAAAGAAGAGCCACUUGACAUGAGAAAGGAAGACAGAGAAAAUACAUGCGAGGACAAGGAGAGCUUCUCGCACAACGAGAGACUUAUCCGCUCCAGCACUGCAUCGUGGGACAGGCCGCUAGAGUUUGCCAAUCUGAUUCACAUAGACACCCACACCAAUGGAGGGGCGUCCGUGGUACACUCCUACUCCGACGAAAUCUCGCACCUCUCAAAGGACGAGAUGGACAAGUUCGUCAGGGAGUUUCUGGAGGAGACUUUUGGCGAGGAAUCGCCCGGUGCGGCGCGACACGUCAUGGGGAUUGUCCACGGCGGCGCGGCGUACCUCCCCGACCUGCUGGAGUAUUUCAGGUUCCAACACCCGGGCAUCACAGUGAAGAUGCAGCACAUCAACAAGUCGGACAUGUUGACCAUGACCAUGGAGGAGUUCCACAGCCAGGUCCACAGGACUUACAGCGGGGGGACGUACCGUAACGGGCCCAUGCUGCAGAUCAGCCUGGUGGGAACUGUAGAUGAGGAGGUCGGAGACUACUUCCCUGACUUCCUGGACAUACUGGAGGAGAAUCCUUUUCUCAAGGCUACCACCCCCUGGGGGGAGCUGUCCUAUACUCAGAUGGUGAGUCGUGACCUGAGUAACGAUGGCCCUAUCCUGUGGGUGAGGCCGGGAGAACAGAUGAUCCCAACUGCUGACAUCCCCAGGUCUCCCAGUAAACAGAGACGGAGAGGAGGGAACGAGCUGAAGAAUCUGACGUAUAUCCCGCGGGCCUCGGAACCACGGGAAGUGCUGUUUGAGGACCGCACGAAAUGCCACGCGGAUCACGUGGGACAAGGGUUUGACAGGCAAACCACCGCAGCGGUCGGCGUACUGAAGGCCGUUCACUGUGGGCAAGAGGCCCAGGCAGACCGUGAAGUGAAGGACGUGGUGUGUUUCCAUGCCAACAGUUUCCUGGAUGUGACAGAGAGAUUACAGCUGGACCUGCAUGAACCACCUACAACACAGUGUGUCCAGUGGGUGGAUGAGGCCAAACUCAACCAGCUGAGGAGGGACGGCGUCCGCUGGUCACGCUUCCGCAUGUACGACAACGACAUCUACUUCAUUCCCCGCAACAUCGUGCACCAAUUCCGCACCGUCAGCGCCUGCACCAGCAUCGCCUGGCAUGUUCGGCUGAAGAAGUACUACCCGGAGGGCGAGGGGUCAGAGAGCAGAAGUGAGGGGUCAGAUGUAGAGGAGGAGGAAGGGUCAGAGGUCACCACAGGUCAGGAGGAGUCCCCAGAAGCUGAGAAUCCUCAGGAAACAACAACUGAGGAAAGCUAUGAGUCAUGACAUGAUGCACACUUGCUUAUAUCUAGAUUUUAGUCCAAUUUAAACUACAAAAACAGAUUGAAUUUUCUGAAUUUUUUGUUUACUCAGGGGAGAGAUAAGUUUGCCACUGAUACACAGGUUUCUGUUCAUGCUACAGUUGAAACACCCUGAGACUUAGAGAUGUUUCAUUGUGUAGCCAUGUGCUACUGUCAGGAAGCUUGUACACAUCAAUACAGGUACAUCAGUUACAAAGAAUGUUCGGUUAAUGAAUUUUUGAUGGAAAUGUAUCUUUGUCUUUGUGUUGUUAUUGAUAAUAUUUACUGAGCUGGCUGGAUGUGUAAUUAUUUUUAUUUGUGUAUCAACAACCUGUGAGCCAACCCAAAUAACUAGACAUUGGUUGGUAAUGUCGUAACAGUCUAAAUGUUGUCUGAUUAAUGUGAAGACACAAUAGUGAAGCCACCCCCCUCCCCCUUGGUCCCUUUCACAGUUCUGUUUCAUCUCUCACUGUUUUUUCUAGUUUUAUGAUGGUGAUGCCAAUACUAAAAGAAUACUCCACUCUUUGACCUCAUCAUAAAAACACGUGAAGUUAAGUUGUAUUUUCCUGAAACGGAAGAAAAUUGUUCUAAGGAUCACACUUCUCUGUUCCAAGCUAAUAUUCAGCUUACUCAAGUAGUAAUAAGCCAUUGGUUUGAAGAUUUUAUUAUAAUACCGAUGGCCCAUCAUUACACAAAUGAGUUAAAACUUACCAUUAAUGUAAUGGCAAGUCUUGUAAAUACUACAGACAUAAAUAUUGUAGAAUAUACAUACUGUAGGCCCUGUUAUGUAUAGCAUUAAUGUAUGAAAGGUACCAUGUGUUGUUUUUGUGAUGUAAGUUUUACGUUUUCAUCCUAUAAAUCUGUUCAACAAAGAUAGUGUUUGAAGUGUGUAGUUUGAAUACUUAAACAUAAUAAUUCAUAUUGGAUUGCAAGAUUUUGUACAAAAUUCUGAAAUUUUGUUAGUCACAGACCUGUUAUAUAAAAUGAAAAUUUACAAGUAUACAUGUAUUCACGCCAUUCUAGAAGUCUGUAAACAUGUCAUUAAGAGAAUAAUAGCAAGUAAAAUGCCCCAUUACAUGCAGUGGAAAUGUUUUUUGUCCAUGAACUGGUGGUGCAAAGCCUCCUGCACUUUUGUACUUCUCUGCUAGAGGGCAUACUUGUAAAAGGGCAUACUUGUAAAUAGCCAUGUGUUGAGUGACAACAAUGAGGUUUUAUAGAAACACCUUAGUAUCACCAAUCUAUUGUUGAUGGCACUAAUGUCACAUAGAUUUUUGUACAAUGUAACAACCCUUUUCACCCUAUUUGUAUUGGUGUUAAGAAUGUGUAUCAAGGAAAUGUACAGUUUAGUGAGAGUGUUUUAGCCAAGAGUACUACAUAGUUUACUAUGCUGUCCUUCCAGUCUUUACAGUCAUCUUGACAUUGUCAUUCUUGGUAUCUUUCAUUAUCUUUCUGUGUUGAUCUUCAAAUUUCAUGUCUUCAUGACUUUGAUAGUAAUGGUAGUACAUUUGAUGUGCGUGAAAUUUGAAAAAUACGAACUGUUUGUUAACAUUUGUUUAGAAUGUUUCAAUCUAUCUAGUGCUUAAGGCAUUGUUUUGUUUUGUUUCAGUCCGAUAAGUACUUGAUACUAUGUAGGCAACUGUGGAGCUGUAGGAAUAACCAGUGUAAAUUUGUGAUGCACAGUAUGAAUUUUCACAUCACCAAAUGUUCUAGAUAUAGUCUGACUGCUCACAAAAUAUUGACUGUAAUAUUUAUAGAGCUAUGUAUUGAACAUUUCAUCUUUCUUAUUAUAUGGUAACUAAAAUACGAAGUAUAAUCAAAGGAAAUCGUAAUUAAUUAUUGUAUUCUAUUUAUUGUCCAAUCUAUGAGAAGACAACAUUAGCUGUGAUGGUUGUCAGAUAUGAAAAGUGUCCCAAGAACUAGACUCUGUACUUAUCAGAGUAUUUGUGUGUUCGUACAUUUUUUUAUGUUGGUAUUUAUUGAAAUCGUAAAACUAGGAAGAAUCACACUCAGACUGACAAAGAAACCACAAUCUGGUGAAAAAUGUAUUUAUAUUCCGCACAGCCCCUUUUUCCAGUCUUUUUUUUGGUUUUAAGUUUGUUUAGUUAAUCCAGUAUCGAACUGCAAAGAUCUGUUUUCUACCCAAAAUUGUUUAGGGUUAAUAAAAUUUCACU